AUGGCCUCCAUCUCCAAGAUCACCUGCAUCUACUCCGCCCUAAUUCUUCAUGACAACGAAGUGACAGUCACGGAGGAUAAGAUCAAUGCCCUCAUUAAAGCAGCCGAUGUCAACGUUGAACCUUUCUGGCCUGGCUUGUUCACAAAGGCCCUGGCCAAUGUUAACACUGGUAGCCUCAUCUGCAAUGUAGGGGCUGGUGGGCCAGCUCCAGCAGCAGGAGCUGCACCAGCAGGAGGUCCCACGGCAGCCACUGCUGCUGCCCCAGCUGAGGAGAAAAAAGUGGAAGCAAAGAAGAAAGAAGCUGAGGAGUUUGAUGAUGACACGGGCUUUGGUCUUUUUGACUAA